AUGUUUGCUGCUAUGAAUACUCCUUGCAUUUUUGAACAGCAACAACAACAACCAUUCCCAGCCUUCUCUCAAGCUGCCUUCCCAUGUGGUGAAGCACCUUGUUUAUCCUUUGCUCCACAACAGAGAAGACAACAACCUGCAUUCAAAUCAUAUUCUAAUCAACAAAGGUUUAAUCCAUAUUUUGAUAAACAGGCUAAGAAUGAUGCUAAAUCAAUCAAUUACACAUUGGUGGAGAAGGAAUCCUCAUAUGUCUUGACUUUACAAAAAAGAUUGGCAAGAGAUGCAUUGGUGGAUGCUGUUUAUAAUUCGAUCUCUUUGUCUACGCCCAAAUAUAGAAUGGUUCAAGAUUUCUUUGGUAACAGCUUUUACGUGAAGGAAGAUGGGCCUCAACAACCUACCGAAGAGGAAAUUGCUGUUAUUGGUAGGAAAUUAGCCAGAAAGGAAUUCCAAGAUUACGAAAUUGAAUUGAAUCACUUAGGUAAUGAAUUGAAGAUUAAUAGUGAUAAAGAUAAGAUUUCUAAAGUGUUUGCUUUCAGUGAGACGACUAUUGACGACUUUGAUAUUUUGAAGUGUGGUAUUGAUGAUACUGAUGAACAAUAUGUCGUUUUGAAAUUGAAGUUGACGAAGACUCCAAUGAAGAAUCAAUCUGGUGAUCUAGCUAAUUUAAUUCAAUGGGCUGAAGGUUCAAAAUCAACGGAUGCUCAACUACAACAACAAGAACAACAAAUUAGACUGGAAAAGCAAAGACACGAACAAGAACAGAAGAAGAUUAGAAAGGAGCAAGAUCGUGUAAGAAAAGCCAAACUUGAACAAGAGAAAGCCAAACGUCUGGAACAAAUUCGUUUAAGAAAGAUAGAAGAAGAGAAGGCUAAGCGUCUAGAACAAGCAAAGAAAGAAGAGGAAGAGAAUAGAGUUAGAGAACAAGCUGAACAACUUGAACGCGAAAAGGCGGAUUCCUUGAGAAGAGAACAACAAUUACAAGAAUGGAGAGCAUUGGAACUUCAAAUGCGUCAAGAACAAGAAGCUGCUGAAAAGGAAAGAAAAUUAAACGAAAAGAAAGCUUCAAGCUCUGCCACUUCGUAUUCGAACAAUACUCCAAUCAAGAUCAAUAUAAAUUUUAACGAAAAACCACAUGAUGAUGCUAGUGCUAGCAAAGUUCAAAGGAAGAGCACAUCCACUGGACCCAUACUAGAAAAUGUGGAAGACGCUGAGGAGGACAGAUACAGAAGUCAACUGGACAGGACGCCCAACGGCACAUCUAUCAUUGAAGAUAUAUAA